CAUCGCAAAGAGAGAAUUUUCCCCAUUUCCUCUCAAUUUCACUCCCAGAGACUUCUCUCACCUCAAAAACCCUAGAUUUCUACCCUGGGGUUCUAUUGUUCAUAUACAAUUCGGUCAAUUUUUGUUGCAUUUUCAAGAAUUGGACUUCAUUGGUCAAUUUAGGUUGCAUUUUCAAGAAUCGGACUUCAAAUUAAGGGAGUAGUGGAAAUUGAAGAUCUGUUACUUAUAAAAGGUCUUUGCAGCAAAGACCAAUAGCUUAAGAAUCUUUUGCUUUGCUCAUUUGUAACCUGAUAACAUCUGAUGGGAUGGGGAAACAUCUACAAAAGGCGCAUGAAAGUGUUCACGGUUGCCGUGAUAAUUUACCUGGACUAUAAGACAUUGCAGCAAAGAGAGAGAUGGAGUAGCAAAACUAAAAGAGCUGCGCUGUGGGAGAAAACUCAUGAGCGUAAUGCGAAGCGGCUUCUUAGUUUGAUUGUAGAGUUGGAAGGGUUGUGGGUGAAACUAGGUCAGUAUUUAUCGACACGUGCUGAUGUACUUCCUCAGGCGUAUAUUGUUCUCCUCAAGCAGUUGCAAGAUUCUCUUCCUCCGCGCCCAGUGAAAGAGGUUUGCCGAACUAUUCAGAAAGAGUUGGGAAAAUCUGUGGAUGAUCUCUUCUCAGAAUUUGUUGAAACUCCUCUUGCAACAGCGUCGAUAGCACAAGUUCAUCGUGCAACUCUAAACGAUGGGAGGAACGUGGUUGUUAAAGUUCAGCAUGAGGGCAUCAAGACAGUCAUACUAGAGGACUUGAAGAAUGCAAAGUCGAUAGUUGAUUGGAUAGCAUGGGCAGAACCACAAUAUGACUUCAACCCGAUGAUCGAUGAGUGGUGCAAAGAAGCACCCAAAGAACUGGACUUUAAUCAUGAAGCUGAGAACACGAGAACUGUCUCAAAGAACCUUAACUACAAAGACAAGCGGGAUAAUGCUGCCCCUGGGAAUGCCGUCGAUGUCUUUAUUCCAGAAGUGAUUCAGUCAUCGGAGAAGUGCCUUGUUUUAGAAUACAUGGAUGGAAUUCGUUUAAAUGACAAAGAAUCAUUGGAUGCUUUUGGUGUUGACAAACAAAAGCUCCUUGAAGAAAUUACCCGUGCGUAUGCCCACCAAAUAUAUGUGGAUGGAUUUUUUAACGGUGAUCCCCAUCCUGGUAAUUUUCUUGUGAGCAAGGAACCCCCACAUCGUCCGAUUUUGCUAGACUUUGGUCUUACAAAGAGAGUGUCAACCUCUAUGAAGCAAGGACUUGCGAAGAUGUUCCUGGCAUGUUGUGAGGGGGAUCAUGUGGCACUUUUGUCGGCUUUUGCUGAGAUGGGACUUAGGUUGCGGGUAGACCUUCCUGAGCAGGCUAUGGAGGUAACAAAUGUGUUCUUCCGUGCUUCUACACCAGCAAGUCAAGCCCUUGAAACCAUAAAAUCUAUAUCGGACCAAAGAACAAAAGGUAUGAAGGUCGUCCAGGAAAAGAUGAAACUCAACAAGGAGGAAGCAUCACACUUCAACCCUGUUGAUGCUUUUCCAGGUGACGCUGUGAUAUUUUUGCGGGUUCUAAAUCUUCUUCGAGGGCUUUCAUCAAUAAUGGAUGCUCGCAUUGUGUACUUGGAUAUGAUGAGGCCUUUUGCAGAAUCUGUUCUUCAAGGAACUAUUAGUAGAGGGCCAGCAACAAAUGCAGAGUGGAUCCAUGACACACCUGUUCUCUCCGAUGUCGAAGGAAAACUGAGGCAGCUCCUCAUUAAGCUAGGGCAUGAGGAUAAAAUACUUGGAAUUCAGGUGUGUGCCUACAAAGAUGGGAAAGUUAUUAUAGAUACUGCUGCUGGCAUGCUUGGAAUGUACGAUCCUCGUCCUGUUCAGCCUGAUAGCCUGUUUCCAGUUUUUUCGGUAACAAAAGGGGUCACAGCAGGAUUGGUACAUUCACUCGUUGAUAACGGAAAGCUUAAGCUUGAAGAAAAUAUUUCAACUAUCUGGCCAGUAUUUGGAGCAAAUGGGAAAGACAACAUAAAGGUUCAUCAUGUGCUCAACCACACCUCUGGUCUGCACAAUGCAUUAGCUAACAUUAUGCAAGAGAAUCCUCUGUUACUGUGUGAAUGGGACGAAUGUUUUAGUCGUAUGGCUAUGUCGGUUCCCGAGACUGAACCUGGUCAACAACAGCUGUAUCAUUAUUUAUCCUUUGGCUGGCUCUGUGGUGGAAUUAUCGAGAAUGCAUCUGGGAUGAAAUUACAAGAAGUUUUGGAAGAAAAGCUCAUACAUCCACUCAACAUUGAAGGGGAGCUGUAUAUUGGUGUUCCUCCAGGUGUGGAAUCCCGACUAGCAACAUUGACGGUUGAUUUGGAAGAUCUUAAAUCUUUGUCGGAUAUGGGCAGUCGACCUGAUUUGCCGUCAAGUUUCCAGCUACAGAACCUGUCUCAGCUGGUGACAGCCCUUCCAAUGUUAUUCAACUCACUUAAUAUUCGUCGUGCCAUCAUCCCUGCAGCCAAUGGGCAUUGCUCAGCUAGAGCGUUAGCACGUUAUUAUGCAACUCUUGCAGAUGGUGGCAUGGUACCGCCACCACACUCAGCUUCAUCCAAAAAUUCACUGGGUAGUCACCCGCAUAUACCCAAAUUCCCUACAGCAAAAAAGCCGAAAAAGAAAAUUACCCAAUUUAGAGAGGUAUUAUUUUUGAAAAGCCUGACUAAGAGAACAGAUCAAACUCGUAGCUCUAGUGACGGUAGUAGUAGCAGUCGUAAAAGCAGUGAGACUUCAAAAGAUGAUCUCGAAACUACAACCAAGGUUGACAGAAUAUUCAGUAACCCAAAAGUUCUCGAUGCAUUCUUAGGCGUGGGUGAUUAUAGCAAUAUGGUUAUACCCAAUGGGAAGUUCGGGUUGGGGUUUAAAAGGUUCAAUUCGACAGAUGGAUCCAUCAGCAGUUUUGGUCAUUCAGGUAUUGGUGGAUCUACAGGUUUUUGUGACAAUAAACACAAUUUUGCUAUAGCUGUUACCCUAAACAAGAUGUCACUUGGGAGUGUGACAAGAAGUAUAAUUCAGCUGGUUUGUUCAGAGCUAAAUUUGCCAGUGCCCGAAGAGUAUUCAAAACGCGAUGAGAAAGGAUCGGAUCUGCUCACUCCAAUCAUAAAUUAGAUGCCAAACAUUUCCAGUUUCCGUUUAUAUAUGUAUAUGUACUCUGAAAAACUCAGUAGAUGUGAAUGAUACACAGUUUAUACAAAUAGAAAAGAAACAAAUGAAGUAUACUUUGCACAAGCACUGUAGAAACAUCACCACUGGCAACCUAACGGAGCCGUAGACUAUUGAUUCAGACUUCUAUG